CAGCUGAUAUUUGUUGUUCCACCAAAAGUAAACAAACCAUUUUAAUUCAUUCGCAACAGAGGGAAAUAUGAAGACAAUUUUACCCAGACAGCAAACAAUUUCUUUAAGAAAUUUACAAAAUAUUUUACAACAACAACAGAGGCAAAAACAUAGCAAUGAAAGUACAACAAAAAAGGAAGUAUCUGCCGUAAAAUAUUGCAUGAAUUUAGUGGAAAAAAAUGAUCAUGAAAACUAUCUAUGCACUUUACUAUUGGACAAUGCACAUCGUAGACAUGCCUUUGCUUUGAGGGCAUUCAAUGUUGAGGUGGCAAAAUGUUCAUCAAACGUUUCCGAGGACCAUAUAGCAAAAAUGCGUUUAAAGUUUUGGUAUGAUUCCAUUGAAAAGUGUUAUGGCAAGGAAAAGUCGUAUGUUGCUGAUCAACCGGUGCUGAGGGAGUUGAAAAGUACCAUCGAUACCUAUCAGCUCAACAAAGUCUAUCUGAAACGUCUAGUCAAUGCUCGUGAUCGUGCGCCAAAUGAACCCUUCAUAACCAUAAAAGACAUGGAAACAUAUGGUGAACAAACCUAUUCCUCCUUAUUGUACCUUCUAAUACAAUUGACUGGUGUCAAAGACAUGAAUGUGGAUCAUGCUGCCUCCCAUCUGGGCAAGGCUCAAGGCAUUGUCACAUUACUGCGUGCAAUACCUUACACCAAACGUAGCCAAGCUUUAAAUAUACCACAAGAGGUUUUAAUUAAGAAUGGUGUUAGUCAAGAGCGAGUGCUAAGGGCCACAGCAAAUGAUAAAGGUGUGGAAGACUGCAUAUUUGAAGUGGCUACGGCGGCACAUCAACAUUUAGAAAUGGCCCGUGAUCUUACCGAUAAAGUACCCAAACUAGUAAGAAAACUCUUCCUGCCUGCCGUAGCUGUUGAACGUUAUUUGGAACGCUUAAGACAAGCCAAUUUCAGUCUUACACAUCAGUCAUGCCUCCAACGUGAUUCCAUGUUGCCAUUUUCUCUGUAUCUUAAGAAUUUGCGAGGUAAAUUUUAAGGUGUUUCUAAAAGUUCUGCUGGAACAAAACGAUAAUUCUUGGAAAGAUCACGACAGCUUUCCGCCACUAUAUAGUUAAUGAUGUUACAAAUCCCUCUAAGUUAUAAGAAAAAAAAUACCAAAAUAACAUGCCAAACAAAAUGAAAAGAAGCUGUAAUAAACUCACAAGCCUUCGUUUUUGGUUGGCUUUUCCUUUGA